AUGCUUGAAAAGAGUGUUAAAACAUUUAGAUACGAAAAAGCUGUCCAGGAUAAAGAAAUAGUUGAAGAUGAUUUGAAAAGAAGGCCUGCUCCUUCCGAUGGUCCUCAAUUGCCAUCUACUGUAAGUAUAGUUAUUUCUUUUCUACUUUUUGGGACAUGAUUAAGUUACUCUCACUGGUUUUAAGUACAGUUUAUACAAAAUAAAGAAACAUUUAUAUCAAUUCCAAAUUAUAUUUGCCAAUAUACAUAUAUAGACACAAUCGGCUAACGUUUUGUUUAUACCCAAUUAGGCAAAUUAGGAUUUUUGGGUGGCUUUUCAGCCGAAGCCUGCGAGAUAAGUCCAAAUAACAUUAACUUUUUAUAAUAUUUUGGACGAAUCAUUAUUCGUUAUUCGUCAUUAAACUUGCUUUGUAAAUGAUUAGUUUUUUUUGAAAAAUUGCUUUUCACAUUGUCUUAAUUGUCUGCAUUGGUUAACGAGAAUGUUGAAAACCAUCACCGACACUCAUUGCUCUGACCGAGACAUUUUUUACUAUUGAACUGCAAAAAUUUAUACUAAGUCUUGUUAUCCGCGAUCCACCCACUUAUAUAAUGUAUUUAAUACUUAUUUACUGGUAUUUAACACUUAUUUACUGGGCUUACCUCGGCUUCGCCUCGGGAAACAUCGACGGUCGAGGGUCCACAAAACAUUCAGCUUUCCCGAGGUCCCAGUAAGUAUUUUAUUACUGUAUAUAUCAAUAGUCAAAGAAACAACAAAUUAAAGAACAGAUGAACGUAAAUACUAAAAAAAUGCUAAAAAUAUCGCGCGCUUUUAGGCAUGUCCAAAGGUCGCAUCUUCACGUGAUGGCGCACGUAUUAUGACUAACGUAUUAGUGAGCUUAAGCAAGUGACGUUUUUGACAACACGAACGGCAUGAGUAACGUCAGAAGACUGGGUCAAGGGCUGUGAUUGGUGAAAAACGUCAACUUUACUUCCGGUCAACGUCCGUGUUGUCAAAAACGUCACUUGCUUAAGCUCACUAUUAUCUCCCUCUCGCGCUGUUGCGAGGGAGACAGCCUUAUUUCGUCACUCUUACGUGAUAUGCUCUCGACCAAUAAAUCAGUAAAAAAAUGCGACUUUGACUGUUGGUAUAUAAUAAGACAAUUUCUUUACCCCCAUUAAUGUAUGGUGGGAUUAAGGGGAUAUGGGUUUUCUAAAUUUGCGACAAUGUUACGAAAGGUGGUCAAAUAAUUGGUAGUGUCGCGCAGAUGUUUUGUCCGCGAUUGUAGAAUUGCAUGGGUUAAUGUAAAUGUUAACCGAUUCUGUCUAUUCAUUCAUGUUAUCUAUUUUUCUUUGCCAUAUUGUAGAUGAUGAGUCGAGAAAGAAGAAUAAGAGUAAGUUCAAGUGUAUACAUAUGUGACGUGUAUUGAUUUUUCGGCUACAACAACUCAUAGUAUAAGUUGAUGAAAAAAUUGACUCUCAUAUUUAAAUUAUUGCAUGAGUGAUAUUAAACGCGAAUGCAGCUUAUUGCUUAACUAUGAUUACCACUUUUUUCAAUUUUAAAGAAGAAGUGAAGACCUUAAGCAGCACAUGGAAAUGCAAUAACAAUCGUUCAAGUUUACUUAAUUGUUAGAUUUGAGUUAAAUUUUGACCUUGAUCAAUCAAGGAGAGGUGCAAUAAUUUUCAGGGGAGGUGCAACAGUUUUCAGGGGAGGUGCAACAAUUUUCAGGGGAGGUGCAACAAUUUUCAGGGGAGGUGCAACAAUUUUCAGGGGAGGUGCAACAAUUACUGAUUGCACCUGCAUGAUCCAGUGCAUAUUUUAAACGUUUUACAGUUGGGGGCUAAAACCCAGUAUCUAUGUCAAAAUAUGUCUACAUCAUUGGUGGCCAAAUUUAAAGUCGGUUGACUUUAUAAUCAAGUCUCUCUUUGAGUAUUUGUAUUCUAUAGCGUAUUUUGUUUUGUUCUCAGCUGAACUACCAGUACAUGAAGCGAUGUGUACAGAACGGUCCUGUGACUCCGAUGGCGGAACAGUGGUGGCUUGAUAUAUUGAGAAUGAUACCACCACGCCUUGUGAGCGCACAACAUUUGCAAGCUCACAUUACACAGCUACAAGAAGAGGUACACGAAGAAUAUGAAGCCAGCAUGAAGAAAGCCAUGGGUAAACUAUGAUUUUGAUAUAUGGAGAAAAAUACCCAAAAAUAUGCUACAAAUGAGUGUAGACUUUUAGACUCAUGCUAUAUUUUAAGUGUUUCAGGUUGUUUUUGAUUAAUCAUGUAGUUAUGAGUUAAACAGUCGGUUUAAAAUCAUCAUAACUCUAUAAUACGAUCCCUAAACUCAGAACAUAGACGUGCUGUAUAGGUUUAAGAAUUUGCCACAGAAUCCCCUACUUUUAACCGUCCCGGGACGUUUCUAAAGGCCCAUUUCCACUCAAGAAAAUUUUCCACGGACAGAAAAUGUUCCGAAAAUAAUCAUUCUGAAGUUGAAAAUUUUCAACUUCAAAGUGUUUUUUUUUCGACAGAAAAUUUGACUCGGCCAAUCACAUUUUGCAAAAUUUUCUGUCUGCGGAAAAUUUUCCUGAGUGGAAAUAAAGACCCAUGUCCACUCAGGAAAAUGUUCCGCAGAAAAAACAUUUUGUAAAAUGUGAUUGGCGGACAUAUAUAUUUUCCGUCAGAAAAAAAAUUUUGAAGUUGAAUAUUUUCAACUUUCAACAAUAAUAUUUUCGGAAAAUUUUCUGUCCGUGGAAAUUUUUCUUGAGUGGAAAUGGACCUUAAGGUGGCUCGAUACAGUUUUCAAAAAUUCAGGGGCCGGUUGUAUAAAAACGUAAUUAGCGCUAACUGUAGUUAGCGUUAAUCACUGUAGUUAAAUCCUUAACUGUAAUUAGUUAACUACAUGACUUAACUGCGUUGCACAAAACGUAGUUAGUCGGAUAGUUAACUAAUCACGUAGUUAACUGUGCGUGGGGCUUGCGUGGGGCGUUUAAACACAAAAUUACAUAAAGUAAGCAGCGAAUAACGACCGCUGACACACAUUUUCAACAUGAUUGUGGACUCGUAUUUUGCAAAUAGGCGGGAAUUUUAUUCAAAACGCUAGAAAAACAAUGAAAAAUAUACAAGAAAACAAGGAAAAGCCGCCACAAAAAUCAUAAAAGAAUGCAGUUUUUCCUUGAGAUGCCUACGUUAAACCAAGGUAUAGCUGUUUGGCAAUUAUAUAUCAGUGUUUCUUGGUGUAAAAACACCAAAGCGAUAGCGUUUGAAGAGUUUAUAUUGUCAGGAAACAUUCACAGGGAAGAUAGCGAUUGAAAAUCUCAGGUAACCGUUGCUUUUCAUUGUUGUUUUACUGAAAAAUGUUGUUCACUCCUAUACAAACGCCAUUUUUAACUACGUUUUGGACAGUUAAGGUUACAGGACACCCUUUUUGGCGUUUUACGGAAAAUCGCUACUGCGCGUUCAAUAUCAGUCCGAUUUUCAUCAAAUUUGCACCAAAUGUUCUCCAGUGCAUGCAAAAUAUGGUAAAGUUGUAAAAUUAACAAACAAUAAAAUAAUGUAAGAAUUAUUCAAGAAAAUCUUAAAUCGCGGUACCGUUAGGCUUUUGAGUUGUGCUCCUGCUGGUUUCAAGUUAUAUUUAUGAAAAUAUCAUUUUUAUACAGUAAAAUAGUUGUUCUAAAAAAACGUGUUCGGAAAUUUUUGUUUAUUUCGUCAUUCCGCUGAUAUGGCGAUUUCUUUGACGACUGCAAUAUAUUUCUGAAUUGUUUGAGUGAAUUGCUCUUUAUUUUUAAAAUAUCCAAAAUUAAAAAAAAGCCGAACACGUUUUUGAAACUGACGUAUUUAGCUAUGACCUGUGAAAAUUUGAGAAAAAUUGGUUGAAACCCGCAGGAGCACAACUCAUUUGAAAAUCAGUAAUUACCGUAAAAUGUUUCGGGAGAAAAUUGAAUUUGAAUAUUACAUUUUCAAUGUUUUUCUUAUUGCAGCGAAAUGUAUUUUAUUAAAUAACUCUGCGAGUUUUCAACAUUUUUCGUUCAAACUUGGUCAGAUAGUAGAACUAGUCUAAUGCUUUCAUUGAAACCAAUAAAAAAAUUUUAGGCAAAAUUAACACUCAAAGGUGUUCUGUAACCUUAACUAUACCCUAAAGCAUAGUUAACUUUAACUACUUUUUAACUGCAGUUAAGGCUAACUACACUUUUAUACAACCGGCUUAAUUACGUGAUUAAAGUUAACUAUUUUUUAAGGCUUUUUAACUACUUUUUAACUGCAGUUAGCGCUAACUACGUUUUUAUACAACCGGCCCCAGGUAUUUAACACUUUGACAUGUUCAAACUACGCAUUUUUAGGAUUUAUUCAGCAGAUAUUGGGUUUUUUUAUAUAUUUUGAUAACUCUACUUUCAAAUUAUAUUCGUUUUAGUAACAGAUAGUUCGUUGCUAUGACGACAUACGUGUACGAAAUUGACUCCAAAAUGGCCUAUCGUCUCGUAUAGAUGAAAAAAAAGCAUGGUGACCCCCAAUUUUUUUUCGUGCAUUAUUUUACUUGGACGAAAAGCUAACAAUUAGCAAAAUAUAAAAAAUUUCUGUAAUGCCAUUUUUUUGGAAAAUGCGAAAAUGUCAUAUUCUUUGGUAACAUUUUUUUGGCAUUACAGAAUUUUUUUAUUUUUUGUAUAAUGAAAAUUUUUAGCGGUGCAAUACAGCAUGCAAAAUUUGAACAUAGGUCACCAGACAAAAUAAAGAGAUAUAGCGCAUUGUUUUUCUAAAAUGGAAAAUUCUAAUGACGUCAGCAAUUGACAUAAAACGCUAUAGAACACGCGCAAUGGCGUGAGAUGGCGCGAGCAACUGCUCACGUCAGGUCAUUUUGGAAGUUCUUUCAUUUUGUUAAUCAGUUUCCGCGACCUGCGCGUAAAAAUGGUCAACCGGUUUUGAGUUCGCGAUUCUUGAACAGGAUUUUUGUGAUAACUAUAUCGAGCCACCUUAACACCUUAACAGCUUUCAGUAAUUAACCAUACACGUAGAUGGACGAAGUGAAGAGUUUCAGCUCUUUUCCCACGUUUUAGUUUCUGGUAGGAAGUAUGGUUAUGACGUUUUCAUUCGAACCUAUAAAUUCGAAUAUAUUUACUACUGAGAAGACAUCACCCCUUUAUACUUUCGUUUCUCCAUGAGUAGUUCAACUUUCAGCAUUACACUAUUCACUUAGUUGAAAUUAUAUUCGCGUGUAUAAGCAAAGAAAAAAAAUACUUGUGCUUAGUAGAAGUUCAUAACCCGAUCCAUUCUCACCAUAUACUGUAUACAGGUAUACUUUUAUACGCAUAAAUUGGAUAGUUAUUAAUUGGUUUGAUAAUCUUAUUUUAGUGCAACAUGUAUUGUUAAAACCAAACGUAAAAGGUGUUGAAGAUGACGAAGAUUUACCAGAAGAUCCGGUGUAUGUAUAUAUUAUCCAGUACUAAUUUUCCUGUUGUUUAAACCCAUUCUGUUCUGCAUGGGAUUAUAUAUUAUAAUUAUAUACUGUAGUAUAGUUCUAUAGGUUUGGGUUACAUACUCCUAUUUCGGUUAGGAUUAGCCUCCGAGUAGGUGUGUAUUUAGAUUGGGGCUGGAAAAUUAAACGCAUGGCUUUGUCAAUUUGGAAAACGCCAUUCUGCAUCACGCUGAACCUAUCAAAAACUCAAAAUAUCAAUGGACCAUUUGCAUUAUACUGACUAAAUUUUGAUCUAUACAAGUCUAGACAAAAAUUUCAUCACAGCUUGAAAGAGCAUCACAAAAUUAGUAAUAUUUCAAAGUUUUGUUGCGAAAUGUUCUAAAAUGCGGAUAAUAUAGCCCAAUACCCUUUGGGGCUGUCAAUUUCCCGUUUGUAAUAGAAAAUGACUGAAAAACGGCAAACUUCGCAAGGCUAUAUUAUCCGCAUUUUACAACACUUCGCAACGAAACUUUGGAAUAUUACUAUUUUUGUGAUGCUCUUUCAAGCUGUGAUGAAAUUUUUGUCUAGACUUGUUUAGAUCAAAAUUUUGUCUAUAAUGCAAAUGGUCCAUUGUAGACAGAUGGGCAUCUCACUCGAUAGAACUAAUCACUAGUAAUCAGUGUUGAAGGGUUUUGUAGAUGGAAAUUUCGAGUGUAAAUUUUAUGCAUUUACUGUAUUGUAGACCUAUACUGUAACCAGCAACAGCUGCGAAAACUACUAUAUAGAGUAGGUCCUCUGACAGGAAUCGAACUUGCGGCCCUGCGAUUCCGAUGUAGCGUUCUAACCAACUGUGCUACAGAAGGGUAUUGUAGAUGGAAAUUAUUGAGUGGAAAUUUUGUCAAUUUUUGGUACGGCACGGAUAAAAUUGGUACCUGUACCACUUUUUUGGUUCCUGGACUACCUAUUUAGCUAAGCCCCGUUUACACUACGCUCAAUAUUUGGUUCUGUACCACUUUUUGGUUCUUGGACUACCUAAAUAGGUAGUCCAAGAACUAAAAAAGUGGCAGGGGUACCAAUUUUAUCCGUGCCGUACCAAAAAUUGAGCGUAGUGUAAACGGGGCUUUUUUAGCAACUUUAGGUCCCUGGCAGGAAUCGAACCUGCCGCCCUGGGAUUCCGCUGCAGCGCUCCAACCAACUGAGCUACAGAGGCCAGUUGUCGAGCUCUAACCACAAGUUCAUGUGUAUAUGUAUACUAUAUGUAUACAUGUGCAUAUGUAUACAUGUAUAGGUUAUGUGUAAAUAUCAAGAUUUUGUUGGCAUCUCACUCGAUUGAAUAAUAGUUUAAGGGUAUUGUAGAUGGAAAUUAUCGAGUCGACAUGUAUGCAGAUUUAUUAGACAGUUGCCCAGCUCUAUAACCGCAAGUUGAUGUAUAUACUAUAGGAACAAAAUUAUUAAGAACAGAGAAAUUAUUCUGUCCCGUAAUUUUAUGUCAUAUUUUCUAACUUUAGCGGAUUGGACUUUUCUAGUCCAUGGCGAGAGACGUUUAGCAAAGCCAAAAGAUCUAUUGCAGAAAAUCUUCAUAUAUUGCAUCAUUCUAUGCAAACUAUACUCAGGAUUUGUCAAAGUGGCAUUUAUUCAACCUUACUUAUUGUUGACCUAUCCAAGUUGAGGUAAAUUCACAUAUAUAAAAUAAUUGUAAUGAUUGGGUAAAAUAAUUGCACUGUUUUACACUUGUUGCGAACUUUCACAUUAUUAGGGAACGUAAAUUCGAAUUAGCAAACGUAUAACUCUCCUCCGCAGAGGCCAUGUGUUUUGUUCGGUUCGGUUCGGCUCUGUUCUGUUCUGUUCUGUUCUGUUCUGUUCUGUUCUGUUCUGUUUUGUUUUGUUUUGUUUUGUUUUGUUUUGUUUUGUGUAGGCAGACUCCUAGCCUGCAUAGCCCGCGACUAUCCCGCCCGCGAAUCCGCAACUAUCCCGCCUGCGAAAAAAAACACACGAGAAAAACACACGGAAAAACCCAAAACAAAACACAAAGCCUCUGCAAAGGAGAGAAAGAUAAAUAUAAAAUAAUAUAUAAAAAAUAUAUAUAAUUAUACAGACUGUAUAAAGCAAUUUAAUUUGGUUAAUAAAUCAUACUUCUUUUAGGUUUUUAGUUGAAGUUAUCAUUUUGGUCAUAACUACUCCAAAAAGUUACGCUGUUUGAUUUAUUAUAGUGGAAAGCUAGAACAGCUAUUUUGCUCAAAUAAAUUUUAAAUAAAUUUUCAAUAUUAAUAAAACGUCCAACGUUGUUAGCGAAAUGUCCUUUUCUCAUGCAGUUUAUCAUUGAACUCUAUCUGCGCGAUACAUAACCCCACGUUUGACGUUGAGAUUGAAUUUUACAAAACUUGUUGACAAAUGUGUUGUUUUAGAUCCCAAGGACCUGUUGAAUGCGAACAUUUAAAAAACAAUGUAACGCUUGAUUGUGAAAAAAUGGAAGAAAAAAUGAUGCACAGGUAUGGUACAUUCAAGGUAUUGACAUUUGCGCUUUACUGUACACAAUCUUCGCUUACUGGAGUUACGCCAAUACUGCAUAUGCGAAUUGGUACUUCUUUUUCCAGCCAAGUAUCACGUUGGUACUCGCAACUCUGCCAUAUCACCUUUCCAAGCCGUAUGGUGUUGAAAACCGCCAUUGCUGCCAAGCGUUAGCCAGGCAACACACUAUUCUUGACGUGCAAUGGUUUCUUCAGAAUCCACUCGGCCCAGUCUUUCGCGCGAUCUAUAUUGUGUCUGUUAAGAUGUCGUAGUUUAGCUACGUAGUCAAACACGAUUUUGUAUUGUUCAUGCAUGUUUGGAUGUCUUAAUUGCGUUAAAAAUUUCAAUUAAAUUUUGCAACGUAAUAGACGAACGUCCAUUCCAAUUAGAAAAAUACAGAAAAUAUAGCCUUGCGAAGUUUGCAUAUUUUCAGUAUAUUUGUAUUACGUGCGGAAAUUGUUACCAUUUUCGGCUCAAAAAUGGGAACAAUUUCCGCACGUAAUACAAACGUACUGAAAAUAUGCAAACUUCGCAAGACUAUAUUUUCUGUAUUUUACAACAUUUCGUGACCAAAUUUUGCAAUUUUACUAAUUUUAAUAAGUUCUUUACGGGAAUUUACUUCUUUUUUUUUUGCCUAAAUCCAAAAUUAGUCUAACAUGCAAGUUGUCUAUUCAAGGAAGGUUGUUUUCUGAAAACCGCAUAACGUCGACCAAUAAGAGCAAAAAGCAUAAUGGGCGUGUUUAUUAUUACGAGAUUCUUUAUGCAUGCUUGUUAGUACAUUUAAGUGAAUUUAAUUCCCAAAGGAGUUGCAUAAACAAACAACUUUCUUUAACGUUAAAAAGUUUAAAAAUCCAAUGAAAAUCUACUAGACCGGUUUUAUAGUAUAGAAACACAAUAUAAAUUUCGAGCCCUGAUAAUUACGCCCUGCUGAUGACAGAGUAUGCCACACUUGCAGAUUACCAUUUUGUGUUAAGUCUCAUGCAGACCGAACGCGAUUUGCCAACGCGACGCGAAUUUUCAGUUUUUAAAAUCAAAUAAAACCGUCAACGGAUAAAAAUUUUACAAGAUAUGCAGACCAAAUAGCUAAAACUGCUUAAGUGGUUCCGAAUAUUUGAAAAACAUAGUACAAUAGUAGAGUUAAAUGUCAUUGAAAAAUUGAAAAUUCGCGUCGCGAUGACGAAUCGCGUCCCGUCUGUGUGGGCCUUUACUCUUACACGUUCUUCCCAUGCACGUACAGUAUUGGUUCAUUUUUUCUUUACAGUAAAACUUAAUAUGUGCAUGCAUUAAAUUGUUAACAAUUAUAUUUUCGUUUCCUUCAUAGUUGGUUUCCAGAAAUUGUAAAAGUAUUUGUUGACAAAAACAGUUUGAAACACUUGAAAUCUGAUCGACUUGACUCGUUCUACAACAGCGUAUCUGUUCUAAUAUCCAAUCAG